GCCUCACGGAUCGCAGGCCUAUCUUCGGGGAUGUGUAGUCGUGUCCAGGUCAGGCUUGCGUCCAAGCUUCAGCGGCACGGGGAGUCCUCGGCACCGCGACCCCUGACAAAGUACCCGCCUUUCUCUUCGCUGGAGUCCCACUGGCCACGAUCGUCUCCACUGCACAUCACCCACUGCUCUCCAUUCUUCUGCUUCCGCGCGAUCGAUCCGGAACUAUUUCAUCUCUCUGUCUCUCUCUCAGCAGGUCUCAAUUAUAUACUUCCGCACGGUGCAUCUCAAUCGGAGUGUGUCAGAGCCGGUUCUAGUAUCCAGUUCCAGUUUUCUUUAUCCACCUUGCACAUCCGACAAGUCGAAUGGAAAUGCCCUGGACCAGGACGGAUGACUCUGCUGAAUGGUUCUUUGCGACGUUGUGACUACUCUUUGCAUGGGAAGCGCUUGACUGGUAUAUAUAUAGUGUGACAGUUUCCCCAGGAACCCUGGCUGGCCCUGCAGGAGCAUAUCGCUACCGAGGGCCCCUUUGUUUUGAGAAUGGAAGUGGAGGCUGGUCGAAGCCAGUAUGAUCAAGAGGGCGAUUUG